AGCGGCUCGCAUGUGUUCUCUGUCAAACUAAGGAUUUGCUUCUGAUUUAUAUUCAAGUAUAUGAUAAUAAUCGUCGCACGAUCGUAUUCUUGUAUUUUUUUUAACCACAAUGAUUCUGGCACUUUAAAAUGAAGCACAGUUUGCUGGAUUGCGUGCGUCACCAAAGCUGUCAGUUUGUGAGCGUCCACUAGAGGGAGGCUGUGGUGACAACCUUAAUGCGAAACCUGAGGCGUCGUCGGCGGCAGAGGCAGGCUGCGAGAGAGGAGCAUGGCUCGUGUGUGGGAAAAAGUUGAGCCCCUUAAAGCAAAAAUAGAAAAAAAGUGAGGAGCCCAAUAUCAAGAUACACACCUUGGGAAUUAGAACCGAACAAGCAGAGUGUGAAUAAUGCUCGCUCAUUAGUGUACACAACUGUAAAUAGCUUCACCUCACGCCGGUAACUGAAGCAGCAGUGAAAUUCAUUUUUGAAAAGCUUUCCAUCCCUUGAUUUACCCCCUGGCAAGCCCACAGUGCACUGUCAUGGGGGACUACAAUUGCAGCAAUUUUGCAGCUUUGUAUGCAAUGCCAGAAGAAUUCCUCCCGAAAAGCAUUCCAUAUCCUUACUCAUCCAAUUGUGAUGUCAGUUACGAUGAUGCAGAAGAUGACAUUAUGGACAUAACCCAAGGCAAAUCCUUUUUUGCAGCAACCAUUGUGAUUGGCGUAGUUUUAAUAUGCAUUAUGUUAGUCUGUGGCAUUGGCAAUAUUCUGUUUAUUGUUGCCUUAGCGAGGUACAAAAAACUUAGAAAUCUGACCAAUCUUCUUAUUGCUAACUUGGCCAUAUCUGAUUUCAUUGUAUCAAUUGUGUGCUGCCCCUUUUUAGUGGACUAUUAUGUAGUUAAACAACUGUCCUGGCAUCAUGGAUUAGUGCUGUGUGCCUCGGUCAAUUACCUCAGGACUGUGUCCCUCUACGUCUCCACUAAUGCCCUCUUGGCCAUUGCAGUUGACAGAUAUCUGGCUAUCGUACACCCCCUGAGGCCUCGUAUGAAAUACCAAACUGCCUAUUGUCUUAUCACUGGGGUCUGGAUCAUUCCCAUUCUCAUUGCCGUGCCCUCUGCCUAUUUCUCUACCGAGAUGAGCAUCCCUCAUAGCAGGAGCAACAGUAAAAUCUUCUGUGGCCAAAUCUGGCCAUUUGAUCAGAAGCUUUAUUACCGGUCCUACUUCCUGGUCAUCUUUGGGAUUGAGUUUGUGGCACCCGUUUUGGUGAUGGCGUUGUGCUACACUCGAAUCUCUAUGGAGCUCUGGUUCAAAAGUGUUCCCGGAUUUCAGACAAAGCAGAUCAAAAAAAGGCUCCGGUGCAGAAGGAAAACAGUCAUGGUCCUUAUUGGCAUUUUGACGGCGUAUAUACUGUGCUGGGCACCUUACUACGGUUAUGGCAUCCUGCGUGACUUCUAUCCUGCAGUCAUCUUAAGAGACAGAAAUUAUCUUAUUGCCUACUAUAUUAUCGAAUGCAUAGCAAUGAGCAACAGCAUGAUCAACACCUUGUGCUUUGUAAGUGUUAAAAAUCACACAAUCAAAUAUUUCAAAAAAAUUGUCCUGCUGAGGUGGAAAUCUACAUAUUCUUCAAACAGAACUGAAGAAUCUGAGCCUCAGACUGCUUCAGUGCCCGUGAGAGAGAUGGACUGCAUACAGCUGAAAUGAAAUGUGCCUGCUUUGUACCUUUAUGCUAUUUGCCAUUCAUUUGAUGUACUGUGGAAUUAAUCUAAAAUGUCCUGACAGUGUUUGCCUGUAAGAUGUUCGUUCAGUCUGAAUACAAAUAUUGAUUUUUAGACACAGGUGCCAAUGGGCCAGUGAGAUGAACUGCACAUAUGACAAAUACUGUACAGCGGUAUAUAUACUGUACAUCAUCGGAUUGAUGAUGGGGCAACACACAUGUAUUCAAUCUAUCCGAAAACCUAUACAAACAACAAUUUCUUAUAAAGAGAAAAAUGAGCUUAUUUUAACUGCCAAAAAAAAUGGAUUGAUGUGCACUUGAGGGUUCUGCUCUUCAGUCUCAGUUUUCGUGCAGUUUGUUGGUUGAUUUGUGAUGAAAUGCUGAACUGUUGAAAAGUGUCAAAUGUGUCCUGAGUUAUUCUGUGGUUCAAAGCGCCGUGCCUCUAAUUCUCACCUUCCAUGCUUUUUCAUGCCAGCUGGGCACUAAAAUACUGGGCACCAUAAGGUGAAGCACAUGGUUAAUAGACACUAAAUGUGCCAUUUUGUAAUUUUUCAUAAUCCAAUGCAUACGGUGCUUUUAAUAUAAAGAAUAAAGUGUAUAGAAAUUAAACACACAGCUCAUUGCUUCCGUCAUGUAGGCCUCCACAUUUUGUGAAAACAAAGGAAAUGUGGCUUAUGCUGGCAGAGCAGGUGCAAAGUCAUGUAGAGAAAAUGGAAUUAUUUCCAAAAAUUGCACAUGAAGAGGCAUGAGUGUAAAUAAUACGCAUUGUUAGAAUGAACAUCUGAAGGCAAGUUCAUGGCCUCCGGUUCAAUACAUCUAGAGAGCACAAAUAAUAAUUGUGGGUUUCCUAUGGAGUUUAGAUUCUUUGCUUUUGCUGUUCAGAAUAUUGUAUUCUACAAUGCUUAAGGCAGUCAGA